CCAAGUUUCUUUCUCGACUUUCUCGACACGCGUUUCUUCAUUCUUGCUUCGUGAUGGCGGAUUUCGACAUUGAGAGAGAUGUAACUCAAAAGUUGGACUCGUUCCGUAAGGAUUCGUACGUAAAAUCAGAAUAUGAUCGUGGUGACCAUGACAGACGUAGGAGAAGAUCACGGUCUCCAAGGCGAGAUCGAGACCGUGGACGCAGAAGAUCUAGAAGCCCAGACAGGGACAGAGGACGAAGAAAUCGAUCUCCAGAUAGAAGUAAACAUAGAAGGUCACGGACACCAUCACCAAAACGCAAGAAGAUUCAAUCUUUAUGGGACAUUCCUCCUGUUGGUUUUGAACACAUGGAUCCAAUGGAUUAUAAAAAAAUGAGAGCUGCUGGAGAAAUACCAACAGCUGGUCCAGCCUUGCCUGGUGCUGUAACUGGUAUCACCCAAGCAAGCAACAUCAGCAGACAGUCUCGCCGAUUAUAUGUUGGAAACAUACCAUUUGGUAUUACAGAGGACUUGAUGGUUGAAUUCUUUAAUGCUAAAAUGCAAGAAUGCGGUUUGUGUACAGCCAGUGGUCGUCCAGUGAUCACAGCUCAGAUUGAUAUGGAAAAAAAUUAUGCUUUUCUUGAGUUUCGUUCAGUUGAGGAAACAACACAAGCCAUGGCAUUUGAUGGAAUCAUUUUGCAGGGUCAGUCAUUGAAAAUCCGUCGUCCUAAAGAUUAUCAAGCAGUACCAGGAUUAAUGGGUGAUGAUUCAAUGGUUCAUGUUCCAGGUGUUGUAUCCACAGUUGUCCCAGAUUCACCCCACAAAGUAUUUAUCGGUGGCCUUCCAAACUAUCUCAAUGAAGACCAGGUCAAGGAGUUGCUUGCGUCGUUUGGGGAAUUGAAAGCUUUCAAUUUGGUAAAAGACAGUGCUACUGGUCUCUCUAAAGGUUACGCAUUCUGUGAAUACGUGGAUAUGUCUAUAACAGACGUUGCUAUUCAAGGUUUGAAUGGCAUGCAACUUGGCGAGAAGAAGUUGAUUGUACAGCGUGCUAGUGUUGGUGCAAAACAAAACAUGAAUAAUCCUGAAGCGAUCAAUAUGGUACCAGUACAGUUGCAGAUUCCUGGUCUUGAGCUUAACAAAGUAACAACUGAACAACCGACUGAAGUUUUGUGCCUUAUGAACAUGGUGCAGAAGGAAGAACUCUUUGAUGAUGAGGAAUAUGAAGAAAUUUAUGAAGAUGUUCGUGACGAAUGUUCAAAGUAUGGUAACGUUGUUAGCGUGGAAAUUCCUCGACCUACACCGGAAUUUGAACCCCCGGGAUGUGGAAAGAUAUUUGUCGAGUUUUCAUCGUCCAGUGAAAGCAAAGCCGCGCAUCAAUCGCUCACUGGUCGUAAGUUCUCGAAUCGCGUCGUCGUCGUGUCGUAUUUUGAACUGGAGAAAUACCAUCGAAAGGAAUUCUUAUAGGUAUGGAAGCGAUUGGAAUGUUUCAUCAUCGAGUGAUAGAACGUUUGCUUCACACAUCUACUUGAGCCUUUAAACUUUAUUUUAUCAUUCCAAAUUGCUUUAUUUUCAAACUAAACUUAUAAAUACAAUCCGCUGUUUGUCAAUUGCAAGGUAUAUUCAUUAAACCCAAGUAGUGAAAGUA